ACUUGAACUGAGCAAUAGCUAAUAACAAAGAAAUUCUGCGAAAUUUUCAGUGCUUAUUAGUUCAUGGUGGUAUAAUGAUAAAUGAGAUGUGUAUUGUAAUUUAUAAUUAAUAAUUUAUAAUAAAGAGCUUUAUUUAUAGUUAUAUAAUACCGGAAAUGCUGAUUUCAAGAGCUUGGUUAUGUUGUUUUUUGACGUUCAUCUACCUGAGGGAGGCUCAGGGACAAGAAGAUGACGAUGAUUACAAUAUGCUGGAGAGUCUUGUUAAUAAUGCAACAGAUAAUAUUAAUAGUUCGACGAAAUCAACUGAUUUAAAUGAAGAUGUUACGGAGAGACAAGAAGAAGAGGAUUUGCUUGACAUUUAUAUUUAUAAUAAUAGUGUAAUAGAUAAUAUAAAUAGUUCGACGGAUACCAAACCAACACAUAAUGAUAAUAAUAAUAUUACGAGUCAAUUACAAUUAUUUAAAGAUGCCUUGCAAGAGGAAAUCUUCAGCAUAACACACAAAUAUAUCAACAUUUCAGAUAGAAUUAAGGUCAAAACAGAAAUCGAAAAAACUUUUGAGCAAAUCGAAAGAAUUAUGUUGGCUCAAGAGAAAGCACAAUCAACUGAUAAUCCCUUAAAAAUCACAUGCGCAACAACAACAAUUGACCCAACAACACCUGCAACAACAACUACAACCACAACAACAACAACUCCAAGUCCAAUACGUAAAUGUGGUGAAAAUAUGACAAAUCGUUGCGUCAGGCGUUGGGAUUGUAAAACCCAAACAACGGUGGAAGAGAAAUAUAUCAUAAAUCUAAGAGAAGAAAACGAAUGUCAUUAUCUGGAAACCUGCUGUAGCGAUUCGAACAUUCGAAAUGUAACACUUCCGAGCCAUUCAGUCGACAAGGAUUCGCGUUGCGGCUUAACUAAUCCGAAAGGCGUUUACUUUACCAUCGUGGGCAACGUUCGGGAUGAGGCGAACUUUGGUGAAUAUCCCUGGAUAGUGGGCGUAUACACCAUUUUGAGUGAGUAUCGUGUUGGUGGCUCACUAAUUGCUCCACGAGUGGUGCUGAGCACCGCCAACAUUUUGAAUAAAAUCGAGGACUUUAAGGUCAGAGCUGGUGACUGGGAUAUGGCAACGGAGAAUGAGAUACUACCCUAUCAAGAGCGCUCGGCAAAGAUCAUACCCAAUACGAACUACUCUCUGCAGCCAUUCAGUAAUAAUAUCGCUCUGCUCAUAUUGAAUGCCACCUUUAGUCCUGCGGUACACGUCAGGCCCAUCUGUUUGCCCGAAGGCGGAAUCUUUGAUUACACGAAUUGCAUUGCCGCCGGCUGGAAUCGAUAUACACGAAAUGGACGUUCGAUUGUGACCACCAUGAGGUUAAGUGUGACCAAAUGCGCCGAUGGCACACACGACAGUUUCCUAUGCGUGACAGGUAACUCACAUAAUCUCGCAUUCUCCACCGGUUCGGCGCUGGUUUGUCCCAAAGUAAAUGAGAGUCCAAAUCGUUACUAUCAAAUUGGCUCCUGGAGCCAUGGAGACACACCCAAUCGUACCAUGUUUACUAAUGUCGAGAAAUUUUUAGACUGGAUUCAUAAUGAAAUUGAUCAAGUCAAUUAAAUGCUUCAAUUCCAAAUUCUUGAAUUUACUUUCUUAACUCAUAAAAAAAUUAUAUAUUAACAUAAUUUUAUUUAAGUGCAAACCAUUUUCAAAUAAAAAAAAAAAUUGAUCAAAUAUUCCAUUAAGAGAACAGUUAUAAAAAAUAACACACAUAAAAAAUAUUCCAAAAUUAGUAAAUAUUAAAUCGAUUUCUUUGAUCUAGCUUCUUUUCCUCUUGCUCUUGGCGUAGGAAUUAAAAAAAAAGAAUAAAUAGUUUGCAAAUUAUAUGAAUAAGAAGAAUAUACAAUAAACCAUAUACCAAAUAAAUACCCCAGAUGUAUAGAUAUGCCCGAGAUAAAAAA